CUGUCCCAGCCUGCCCCGCGCGGGCCAACGAGAGCCAGCCCAGUGACUCACCUCUGCCGCGCUAACUCUUCGCAGCUCUUCCCAUUGCACACGCUCACCCCCGGUUCGAGAUGGCGGCGGCGGCGGCGGCAGCGGCGGCGGGGGACUCAGACUCUUGGGACGCGGACACGUUCUCUAUGGAGGACCCGGUGCGGAAGGUCGCGGGCGGCGGCACUGCCGGCGGGGACCGCUGGGAAGGCGAGGACGAGGACGAGGACGUGAAGGAUAACUGGGAUGAUGAUGAUGAUGAAAAUAAAGAGGAAGCAGAAGUCAAACCAGAAGUAAAAAUUUCAGAGAAGAAAAAAAUAGCAGAAAAGAUAAAAGAGAAAGAACGGCAGCAGAAGAAAAGGCAAGAAGAAAUUAAAAAGAGGUUAGAAGAACCUGAAGAAUCUAAAGCACUAACACCCGAAGAGCAAUUAGCAGAUAAACUCCGGCUAAAGAAAUUACAGGAAGAGUCAGACCUUGAAUUAGCAAAAGAAACUUUUGGUGUUAAUAAUACAGUUUAUGGAAUAGAUGCUAUGAACCCAUCUUCAAGAGAUGACUUCACAGAGUUUGGAAAGUUACUAAAAGAUAAAAUUACACAAUAUGAAAAAUCACUAUAUUAUGCCAGUUUUUUGGAAGCCUUAGUUCGAGAUGUCUGUAUUUCAUUGGAAAUUGAUGACUUGAAAAAGAUUACCAACUCAUUGACUGUGCUCUGCAGUGAAAAACAGAAGCAAGAAAAGCAAAGCAAAGCCAAAAAGAAGAAGAAAGGCGUGGUUCCUGGAGGGGGAUUAAAGGCCACCAUGAAAGACGAUCUGGCAGAUUAUGGUGGAUAUGAUGGAGGAUAUGUACAAGACUAUGAAGACUUCAUGUGACAUUUUAUCUUCUGGUGUCUUCUUUCUUUUGCCCACAAUCCCUUCAACAUGUAGCACAACCUCCUUUCCUUUCAGUUCUGCCAAAUGCUACAAUCAGAAGUGCAGUAUCUUUUGUGCUGGUUAUUUAACCCCUUGACACUCAGGUGCUAAUGUGCAAANGAGGGAACUUGGAUCUUGUUGCCAAGGGGUUAAAAUUGGGAACCUCAGUUGCUACUAAAUCAUAGUUUAAAAACAAAACAAACCUAAUAAUGUUGUCAUUGUUGCUAUCCGAUUCCNUAGCAGCAGUCACUAAAUUGGAAACAAAGGUUGCAACAUGACAAAAAAAAAAAGUGUAGUAUUUACCAGCACCAUUCAGUAAUACAGCCUUAACCAUACCUCCUUGAACUACUUCAUAACUUGUCGAGAAAAGCAGUUUGCAGCAAGGGCAUGUNGGAUGCACCUAGUAUUAAAAUUGCUUUGUCUUAAAAUUGAGGUGAGGCUAUUAAAAACUUGUGAAGAAGACUGCUUAUCUCAGAGUGAAGAUACUGUGGCUGAAAAGUACUAGUUUGAUACUUAAGAUUUUAAUGACCAAAACCCUCUCCCUCUGACGUUGAAGCUGAAGAAGGUAAACUUCUCCAUAUACAGUGCAAGUGGUGGACUCUCCAGUGCAGUGACUGUCUAGUUCUUUAUCAGCUGUUUCUAUUGAUGGAGGACUUCAGAUGGGGGAGGGAACUCUGUUUCUGUUUGCCUGAUUCAAGUGUCUGAGAAACAAAUGUUCUAGGCUGCAAUGGGAAAACUUUUAACAGGGUUUUGGCAUUUCCUUUUCUUUAUAAAACAUGCUCAGCAAACUGCACCAGUUAACUACAGUUUGGUAAAUUGUUAUGUUAACAAUUAUGACAUCUGCAGUGUUUUAUAAAGCAACUAAUUUAAUAAAAUCACUAUUGUGAGGUCUUAAAUUUUGUGUUAUAUCCCCAGAGAUAGUUGAGAGUACAGAAUGCCACUCAUGGGUGGAGGUCUCUACUCACUAAAGCUAGUCAAUGCUUGAUGUAGUCACAGCUUUGAAGCAAGAAUGUUUGGAGUCUUCAACAGUUACAGAGCAACAGAGGCUGCCUUCCUACUCUUAAUGAUUUUNUUGUUUAGAUGCUAAGGCUCAAUUAAGUACCUAGGACUAUUUAUUUGUAGUAAUGGAGCCUGUUACUAAGGUUAUUGCUGGAAGCAUAAAUUGGAUUACAUCUUAAAUAAUUUACCCAAACUUGUGUACCCCUCACCCCAGGUUUUCACAAUCAGAACAAAAAAUGUUUUUGAUUUCUCUUCCAUAGGCAAUAGGAAUCUCAAAGCUCUGUAGACUACUAAGUGGAGAACAGGACCAUCUAAAUGACAUGAAUUAGUAGGAGGUGUGACUACACAGCAAUAACUCCAGUAAAUACUGUUGAAGGCAGACAAGGGCUAAGAUNUCCUCAGCAGUAAUAAUGACACUGAAUUAAAAACUAUUUUAUUAUAGAAAGUUCAGUUUCUAACUCAUGAAAAUGUAUCACCUGUUCCUUAACUGUGUAAAUAAGAUUAAAUUGCUUUGAAACUGGAA